GCGGUCCUUACAGGUACCCCUCGAGAGAUUUAAGCUAUUACUGGAUUUGGCGACCCCUCUAGCAAACAUUGAACCAACGGCAACAACAGUCGUUGGUUUGAUCAAAAGUGUGACUGCGGUAAAUUGUUACAUAUACAUACCCGCCCCAGUGGAUAUGAUUUUCCGUGCUGACACAGACACAGAUUGCCAUAAGUUUUGCGACUGCUGAUUUGGACUUUGCAAGGCAGAUUGCGGAUAUGCUGGAGAAACUCUCCUACAUCGAUGACUGUGACACGCUCGGCCAGAAAGCUGAUAGAAAAGACAUCCACAAGGCGCUCGUCAUGGUGUACCAGAAGCUGCUUGAGUUCUAUAAAGUCGCUUAUGAAAUGCUGAGCCGGAAAGGGACAAAGUUGAUAAUCAAAAUGGUCCUAGAGACCGAUCGCCUUCCGAAUAUUGUCCAAGAAUUUCUGAAGUACUCCGAUACCCUCCGGAACCUCAUACAGAAAGCAACAUGGGAGAUUGUGGAGGACAUCAAAGCAAUGCUUUACGACCACGAGAUCUCUAAGUGGUUAGGGAGCGGCCAGAUGAGCCAUCAAAGCCAGUACCAUGCUUACCUUCAAGACCUCCGAGCUGAUGCAGCUUGCGAACAAUUGCUUGAAAAUCCUAACUUCAUCAAUUGGUAUGCGGCAUCUGACACUCAGCGACUGGUUAUUCUUGGCGAUAUGGGAUGUGGAAAGACUGUUGCUAUGUCAUAUCUCAUAGACAUGAUGAGAGAGAGAAUUAGACGCCGUCUGCCCGAGCCUAAGAUAUGCUAUUACUACUGCCGGGAUGACAAUACAGGGAGGGCUACCCACAUAGCCUCGGCACUGAUCCUAUCGCUUCUGGAGCAGCUUCCAGGCUUGAAAAGGCCUUUUUUCGAGUGGUAUAAAGAGGCUCAGGCAUCUGGGACAUUCGACCCAGCAACAAGUCUCAAGAUAUUGGGGGAAUAUAUGGAAAGACUGCUCGAAUUGACUGAUCGCCCUGUUUUCUUCGUGAUUGAUGGCCUGGAUGAGUGUGAUCGGACGUCUCGAGGCAGCUUUCUGCAUUUACUAGAACUGUUAUCGGGAAAGGUCCCAUCUCUGAGAAUUUUGCUUUCCAGUCGUCCUGAACAGGAGAUAUUGGAGCAGCUGGGUGAAACAGCUGUUAUGGAGCUGGAUGCAAAUGCCGAGAGAGAUACGGUUGUGGUUGAAAAACUGGUCCAAGACCAGCUCUCAUAUCUAUCGAUGGAUGUCAAGGCACUCGUCCAAGAAAGAUUGUCUCAUUCAGCGCGAGGGAGCGCCAUAUGGACGAAGAUGAUAGUGGAACUUAUCAAAGUUCGCAGAAUCAGAGCAAUCGACCCUAUGCAACGGUUCUUGGAGAAUAUGCCAUUACCAAGGCGGCUUUCAGAUCUCUAUGAAACGUUACUUUUCCGUUGCACUUCCGACGAACCUGAGAAUCAAGAGCUUGCAAGUACGGCAUUAAAGCUUCUCGCCGUCGCUUAUAGACCUCUUAGCUUGCUGGAAUUAGCAUGGGCUGCAACACUGGGCCUAGCUCAUGUUACUACAGUAGAUGCUCUUGCAAGUCUGGUAGAUCACGAAAGAAUCAUAAGUCUGAUCCAUCCAUUCAUUGCUCGCGUCGAUAUGAGCGACGUGAAGAGACGCCAAGUCCGACUUGUACACCAGUCAGUGAAGGAGUUUAUAUUGGAGAAAUGGUCCUCCAACCCAUCUUCUGCACAAGGCAUAUCCCUGACAGAACCCGAUCAACUGAUCUCAACCCGGCGCCUUACAACUCUGAACGCAUUCAUGCUGGAUAUAUGUCUCAGGUAUCUCCUCUUGGACGAUAUUGGCAAUAGAGAUCUUUUUUCCCAGGAGCAAAUGGCAAUCGCAGAAUUGCCCCAAGAUGAUAAUCUUUUUGAGGAUAACGAAGAGCCAGCUGACUACAAUCCCUACUGCAGCUGGGAAACUUGGGAAGAGAGUAUGAUUCGCUAUGAUCCAACCGAGCGUGGUUUUGGUGAGUUCUUUGUAUAUGCUUCAUGCCACUGGCUGGAGCAUUUCGGAGCCACCUCCGACGAAGGCCUCCCGACCUUAGCUAGCAUAGAAGAUGUAUGCCAAGCAGGCUCCCUUCGACUCCGUAACUGGAUCCAACAGAAUUGUCGCCCAGAUUGUGUGAUUUUGCCUAGGUUCGAGUUUGAAAGCAGCCUAUACGACCCUCUCAGCAUCACAUCCCUAUACGGUUCAGAGACCAUGCUACGUGUUGUACUUGAGAACUCGGAUUAUGGCAACGGCAAAUUUCUGCAGGACCCAGCUAUGCGGGCUGCUGACCAAAUUCUCCGGUGGGGAGAGAUAGCAAGACUCAGAAUACUGUUUUUCGACAAUAGGUUGGGCCAACAGCUACAGAACCCUGAUUUUUUUCGGCUCGUCAUACGAAGAUGGGGUGACCGCCCUCCAAGGUGCCAAGAUUGGGAACCUGUAUUUGACCUUGUUAAGUAUAUGCCAGACAAAUCGGACCAGGGAGAAUGGCGCAAUGAGCUCUUACGAGUGGCUGUUGAUGCAAACUGUACGCCCCUGAUAAAGCGGUUGGACAGACCUAGCCACGGCACGGAUCACUGAUAUUCUCGUCCGGCCAAAUCCAUCUCUCUGCAGAGCGCCCUCCGCACCUAUAGCCGAUUCCAAUUAUUAUUUAUGACGUAUUCAUUAGGCAGUCGUAUACCAUCAACACUCAAUAGGCAAAAUUAAUAGAAGAGAAAUGUUCGCAGGCUUUCCUCAGCGAACUUUCCUUAGGCUAGUAAGUCAUUGAUAUAGUCUUGGAAGAGCAAAGUCAUACUAAUACUCAGG